AUGGCAAAUAGACUUCCCUCGCUUUCCCAUAAACAACUUCUCGCUUUAGCACAAAAGGAGUUGAUCCCACCUUUAAGCAGUACACUUCAUAAAGGUCAAGCAGGACGAGUAUGUAUCAUCGGUGGAUCUCGUGACUAUACUGGAGCACCUUAUUUCUGUGCUCGUGCAACUGCUUUGAUGGGUAUGGAUCUUGUACACGUGGUAUGUCCACCUGCAGCAGCACCAGUAAUUAAAGGUUAUUCUCCAGACUUGAUGGUCCAUCCGAUCCUUGGUAUCUCGGCCGAAUCUACAUCGCCCGGGGAUAUUUCGGCCGAGCUGAUUUCUCUGCUACAGCGAAUGCAUGCAAUUUGUGUGGGACCAGGAUUGGGGAGAGACGCUAUAGCACGCUCUGAUUUGUUAGCAAUAUUACGACAUGUGGUUCAUUCACAUGAUUUAGGCGUUGUACUUGAUGCUGAUGCAUUAUGGUUUCUAGCUGAAGAUGCAGAAAUACGAGGACUUGUAUCUCAAAUGCAUAAAGGUCAACUAGUAUUGACACCUAAUAUCAUUGAGGCACGCCGUAUUGCUAAGGCAGUAACCAAACAGGAUUGUAACAAUACUGCUGGUAGAAUAAUAGCUUCACAGUUCAAAUGUGUGGUAAUAGAAAAAGGGGCAGCAGACCACGUGCACUACCCAGACAACAAUUCAACACGUGACAUAACGUGUCGCGUAGAAGGCUCAUUAAAACGAGUCGGUGGUCAGGGAGAUACACUUGCAGGAGCUGUAUUAGCUAUGAUAGCAUACUCUCGUUGUAUGGAAGAAAGACAAGCAGGACCAGAUUUACCUCAAGACAAACAGCCAUUGACAUUAACGGAGCAAACUGUUGUUGCCAGUUAUGCAGCAUGCUCUGUAGCUCGAGAAUGUUCCCGCCGUGCAUUUUCCAGAUAUGGCAGAGCCAUGCAAACAUCUAAUUUGAGUCAUGAGGUGGGUGCUGUGUUUCAUGAUUUAUUAGAAAGAGAAUUUGAUGAAUCUGAAAUCUAG